AUGGUAAUCUGUGGUACAGAUCUUGUGUCAUCGAUAUUACCUUAUGUUCAUAUACUUUCAUCAUCGUCAUCAUCAACAUAUUGUUCACAAUGUUUAAAUUCAUCGAAUGAUUUAAAACGUUGUUCGAAAUGUCAUAGAACAUCAUACUGUUCAAUAUCAUGUCAACGAAAAGAUUGGACUUAUCAUAAACAUGAAUGUUCGCAUUUACAUACAAUUAAUGAUGAAUAUGAUUUAACGCGACUAUUUCUUCGUUUAAUAAUACGUUAUAAACAAGAUCAUGGUAUUGAAAAUACUUCAACAAAACGUUCUAUAAGUGAUCUGACAACACAUGAAAAUGAAAUUUAUAAUGAUAAACAACGUUAUAAAACAUUCCAAUUAGUCUAUCAAUAUUUAAAAUCAUGGGAUUUAUUUGAAAAUAUUGCUGAAAAAUUAACAUUUGAACUUUUCUGUCGUUUAGUUAUUAAUACAUUAACAAUACAUGAUACAAUUGAUUUCAAAUCUAUUGGCUAUGGUCUAUACUUAGAUGCAACUAUAUAUAAUCAUUCAUGUAUGCCAACAUGUCAUACAAUAUUUAAUGGAAUUUAUUUAUCUAUACGAACAAUAUCGGAUCAGUUAAAUAAUGAAUGGACUAUAAAUUAUAUUGAUUUGUUAGAAUUAUAUGAAAAUCGACAGCAAUGUUUACGUAGUAACUAUUAUUUUACUUGUCAAUGUAAACGUUGUUUAGAAAAUGAUAAACAUGAAUUAAUUUUAUUAGAUAAAAUUCAUCAUGAAGAACAACAAAUGGAUAAAUUUAUAAACAAAAAUGAUUUUUUUGAUGCAUAUCAAUCAAGUAAAAACCUAUGUGAUUAUUAUAGUAAAAUCCUGCCAUUUUAUCAUGCUUAUGUUUCAUUACAUCAUGUUAAACACUUGAAAUUAGAAUUAUUCUUAGCUGAUACAAUGUCUGAUAUUACAAUUCAAUCCACAAUGAAAAAUACUUGUGAACGUGUAAAAAUAUCUAUGGGAGAAAAUCAUCCAUUAACACGUGAAACAAUAAAAUUAUGUGAACAUUAUCAACUAGAAAUGGCACUUAAAAAUAGACAGAUUACUGCAUGA